GAUCCACACAUUUGCUGAACUCCAUGCCACAACCUCUACAUAUCAGAUGAAUAACACCAAUAGAUUAAUUACUCAAAUAAAACUGUGAGAGAAGAAGAAAUAUGGGGGUUCUACUUCUUUCUCUGACAAUGCCUCACUCCUUCCCCAUUUAUCCUGUAAUUUCUUCCACUGUUUAUGGAGGACAUGGAAAUGGAAUAAUGGGGAGGAAUCGAUUUACUGUAAUUUCUUGUGCUAAUGGUAAUAGGCAGAGGGAGAGAAACCUCCUUCGCAGAAGGGAGGUGGUGGAGCACAUUUGUUUGCUCAAAGCAAACAAGAAUAUAUCUGAAGAUGAGGAGAAGGAAAUGUUGGAUUAUCUUUAUACAUCCCAAUAUCAGAUGCGUGGAAUGGUUGCAAUAUCUUUAGGCCAAAUAUCUGGUGAAGCUAAAGAAGAUUAUACUCAUGCUGUCUUCAUGCGUUUCGGAAGCAAGGAAGACCUAGCAAAGUUGUAUGAGAACCCUCCCUACCUGCAAGUUAUGAAGAAGCAUGUACUUCCUUACUGCCAUGGGCUGAUGAAUGUGGAUUACGAAUCUGAAGUGGAAGACGAUAUCCUUCAUAUAUUUCGUAAAGGAGAGGAGUACAACUAUGGUGUUGAGUUUGUGCUUCUGAUUGCAUUUGUUGAGGCUGCUAUUGGUGAAGCUGUGGAAGACGCUUUAAUGUCUCUUCAGGAGCUUACUGAGGAGCAUCCAUCCUUGAUUCUCCAAUGCACUCAAGGUUCAAACUUCAAUAGCAAAACGAGUGAGGAAUAUACACAUGGAGCGGUGAUGCGAUUUCGAUCAUCUGAGGCCUUUGAGAUAUUUUUGAGCAGUUCAAGAUACAGAGAUGUGUGGGAAUCUAAACUCCAACCGAUAGCCAGGAAAACACUAGCCAUUCAUUUUUGUGUGGAUCCAGUGGGCACUGAGAUAAUGUAGUAAGAAUCAAUACUUACAAUUUUUUUUGCAUUCCUAAUAACAUAAUCAUACAUAUGUAUCCACAAUAUUAAUGCUUACAUUGGUUUCUAAAGCAUCCUAA